AUGGCUCAAAUAUCAAGUGGGAAUGCACGCGCGGGGACAAAUCCUUCGAGAGCGUCGGACUCUUCCCGCAAUGAGGACUCGGGGCCUGCAGGUGAGGCAACAUGUCCCUGCCACAAAAGAUUCAUUGCUUACCGCGUGGCAAUUGAACCAGAUACAUUUAGCCGUCGAAGAUUACAGAAAGCUACUCCGAGCACUACCUCCGCGUCCACUCAAGGCGAAAGGGCUCCAUCUAUACCAAGAAGCGCGACAGACCCGCGUAUUCAGGCCAUAGGGAGGAGAAGGCAAUCAAUACGUGAACAGAAUGCGAUCGCUCCAAGAAGUGCGCGUUCGGGAACUGGAUCUAUACAUUCAGGUAACUCUUCAAUUGAUCUUACAUCGGAAUCUCCGAGAAAUGCAUCCAUUAGCAGUACCAAUUCACGCACAAGCCCUGGCACUCUCAAUAUGAACAGCAAGCAUCAUAGCAACAAGUCAUCCUCGGAAAACAUUGAGUUUCUCGCACCCAUCAAUUUCGAUGAUUUUCACAACAGUAUCCUGGACGAACCAAGCCUAAAUAACUUUCCUCUACCAGGUCAUGGUGGUGCUGGAUAUGACACCAAAAAGACACAACCACGAUCACACAAUCAGUGGUCUACAGCCGAUACAACGACGACCAGAGCUGCACGAUCCAACUCGUUGCGGCGCCAGAGCGAUGUCACGCGAUUCCAUAACCAGGCAUCUUCAAUCAAUACAUCGAUGCCCCCUCCUCCAGCACCAUCUGCCAGGUCUCGCCGCCAAAGCCACGUUCCACCUCCAUCAGCUGCCUCUGUUCCUGCUCGCGCUCCGAGAAAGUCAGUGGGCCCUGGGAUUUUCACUAUCGAUUCCUCCGGAGAUCGUAUGUCGAAGCGCCGACCUAGCUUAUCAGCACGCAAAGCUAGCGUUGAUAGCAAUAGAUACGAAACUCAUUACCGGUUGCGAUCGACAAAUAACAAUGAACCCGACAACCUUGGUACCACUCCUAGUGCUAGAUCACUCAAAGCAAAGUCUUUACAGGCCCCAUCACGGGAACGGUUAGCGCAAGAUAGCUUAUUGGCACCUAAAGCUGGUGACAGAUCUUCUACAACGAAUGGCCUCUUGACCCCUGUGAAACCCGCUGCUGGCAGCACUAAUACACCUUCCUCGUCGUCAUCGAGUAAACGGAUGUCUACCAUGCCCCAUGCUACAGGCUUAGGGGCACGUACCAUUAGUCCUACCGAUGCGCGGCGAAUGAAGAGAAUGUCAAUGCUGCCACAGGCCCCUCCUGUGCCUAUCACACCUCCUACCACUCAACCUGUUCCGACCGAGGUGCUCACUCUGCGACCGAGAUCAUCGCAAUCACCGUCCAUGAUCCCAAGGAAAAGCGUGACUCCCUCGUCGUCUCGAACCACACCAGAUCCCAGCCGCAAGUCAUAUAGCUCUGGUAUGUCGCUUUCCUCAAACACCAGUUACAAUUCUGCUCGUAACUCCAGCGGCUCUUUGCAACCUCGACUAUCUCAGACCUUCUCUUCCUCCCGGCUUCCUACACCGAAACCACGCAUGGAGACUGUGAGUAACGGAAACGAGGAGGUGCCUCCGGUUCCUGCUAUUCCCAAGGCAUACGAAUCGCCAAAAACGGAAUCCGAGCUCGUGUUUCCAACAACUGCUCGUAAAUCUAGUUUACCACUGGACAUCGAAUCGGCACGCGGCUCUGACUCUAGUCGCCUAUCUACAACAGUCAAUAGUACCACCGAACCUUAUGCACCUACUGCGCCUUGGGUGGCAGGAACUAAAACUCCCGAAGGCAAAGGAAAGCAAGCAGCCGUCAUGUCACGGAAAAGCUUACAACCCUUGAAGCUCCCUCCGUUGAAUUUGUUACCACUCAGUACUCCUAUGGCUGCGAAGAUUGACGCCUUGAAUAAUAAUCAUCAGCGAAAUCCAUCUACACCUCCUCCCCGUACCAACAUUCCGAAAACUCCCAGUACCCCAAUGACAGCCUCCAAGGCAUCCUUCUUCAAGAAUGAUGAAGAUGAGGUGGAACGCAACCACCUGCCACGCAGCAGUACUUCACACUUCUUGGUCAGCACAUCCAAUACGGCUGGCUAUAGAGCACCUAGCAGUUCCAGUGCUGUCGUUCCCUUGGAGAUGCCUUCGCUGAGUCGGAAUAUGUCUCCGUACAUAUCUUCCUCGUUACCUAAAUCCAGCAGUGACUUCAACUUUAUGCGUCAACAUUUGAGUGGAGAGUACACAAAUGCUCAGUCAAGCACGAAGUUGAUGGGUCCCAGACCUCAGACGCAAUCUUCAGCAUUUUCGGUUAAUACGGAGACUGGAACCCGGUUAUCAAAUACCCCGGAUGCUGAUGCAAAUGGUUCCACAUUGAAGAGCAAGCUUCCUUCAACUCUCAGACACAGUGUAUCUAAACCUAUUCUGGCAUCGGAUACUAAAGUCAACUCAGCAAAAUAUGACAGUAUGCCACCACCUCGACUUCCAGCAUCCGCUACAUGGAAUGGUUUAUCUGCAGCUGCUACACGAACGACCAGUCCGACGUCGAAAUCUUCACUCUUGUCAAAUAAUCGCAAGUCUUCUCUAGCGAGCUUGAACACGAAGCAAUCAAGUUUCAACAAUGAGUCGAAUACAUACACUAUGCCUAGUCCUGCAGUUACUGACCCUGGUGAUGCAGAGACUGCUGAUAAUCACCGCCCUGCAUCUUCGAUUCUGUCGCCAGUGCAAAAGAUGAUCAACUCUGCUAAAUCUAAUGUUGGGACAAAAUCCCGAAGCGCAGACCCUAACCUUGACCUUGUCGAGCUCGCUGCCGAUGAGGAGAUGCGCAGACUUGGGAGUAAGAGAAAAGACUUCGAGCUUGCCGCAAAAGAGUUGGAUGAGCUGCGUCGCAGGGCCAGUCCAAAGGAACGCGUUAGCCCGGCCCAAGCGCUUAAAAUGGCUUCUCUUAACAUAUUCGAGCGAGGCGAAAUCAUCGACUUUAAAGAUAUCUAUUUCUGUGGCACUCAGAAAGCCAAAAAGCACGUGGGCGAUCUGAAGUCGCAAGCCGCCAAUUUUGGGUACGACGACGAGCGGGGUGACUAUCAAAUUGUCAUUGGUGAUCACUUGGCCUACCGAUACGAAGUGGUGGAUGUUCUAGGCAAAGGUAGCUUUGGGCAGGUUGUUCGAUGUGUUGAUCAUAAAACGGGCCAGUUAGUAGCUGUGAAGAUCAUUCGAAACAAGAAGAGAUUUCAUCAACAAGCAUUGGUCGAAGUGAACAUUCUACAAAAGUUGAAGGAAUGGGAUCCUCAUCGAAAACAUAGUGUCAUAAAUUUCACUCAAAGCUUUUACUUCCGUGGCCAUCUUUGCAUAUCUACUGAGCUCCUUGGUAUGAACUUGUAUGAGUUCAUCAAAGCACACAAUUUCAAGGGCUUCUCUUUGAAACUUAUACGCCAGUUUACCAGACAAAUGCUGAGCACCCUGGUACUUCUGCAUUCGAAGAGGGUUAUACAUUGCGAUCUGAAGCCGGAGAAUAUCCUCCUUGCUCAUCCAAUGCGAUCAGAGAUCAAAGUUAUUGACUUUGGUUCCAGCUGCUUUGAUCACGAGAAAGUGUACACCUAUAUUCAAAGUCGUUUCUACCGCUCUCCGGAGGUCAUUCUGGGCAUGUCGUACGGCAUGGCAAUUGAUAUGUGGAGUUUGGGAUGUAUUCUCGCCGAGUUGUAUACUGGAUACCCCAUUUUUCCUGGAGAGAAUGAGCAGGAGCAACUUGCCUGUAUCAUGGAGAUAUUUGGGCCACCGGAGAAGCAUCUGAUCGACAAGAGCACCCGCCGAAAGCUAUUCUUUGACUCUUUGGGUAAACCGCGUUUGACUAUUUCCUCCAAAGGUCGACGACGUCGUCCAAGCUCCAAAGACCUGCGACAGUCAUUGAAAUGUGACGACGAGCCAUUCUUGGAUUUUGUUGCUCGUUGUCUUCGUUGGGAUCCUGCGCGACGGAUGAAUCCAAAUGAUGCAAUGAAUCACGAAUUCAUCACGGGGAUCAAACCUAGUGGUCGACCACGUGCAUACUUGUCUAGCAGCAACCUGGUCUCUAAGCGACUCAUGGCCGGCGGAGUUACAUCAGCCAGACCUCUACCCGAGCCUCCCAGUAUGGGUGGUAAACCUGGGAUGGGAUCUCACAAAGCCACGAGCAGCUCCCCUGUCAAACCUGCCGCAAAGCGUCUGUCGAGUGUCAAUAAUAUGCAGCAGCCUACCGCAAGUAAGCGCAUAUCCAACAGUAGUACUGUGAACAACGGCGUUGGUUCAGCACUGCCGCGCAGAAAUCCCAGCGGAAGUUUGGCCGCAGCGGCCGCAGCUACGAGCCUAUCUAACAAAUGAACUUAUGAGAAGUUGAUUUUAUAUUGAGACUAAGGGGAUUGACUUUUGCACCCUCUGAGUCUCAUGCUACUAAUAUAUUAUAUUUUAAUAAUCGUCUGUUUUUCUUUCACCAGCAACAUAGACAAGGUCGGGAACUUUUUUUUUUUUUCUUUCCUUCACUUGAUGGAUAUAUGUACUAUGCGCAGAAAGAAAAGAAAAGAACCCUUUUUUUUGUACCAUCAUAUACCCCCGCUUCCAUCAACUAUAC